AUGGCCUCGUUGAAUUUAUCCAUCAACGGGCCGUCCAUAAAAAGCAGCUACAAUGGAGUGGUCAGCGGACCUCCGCCGCCGUCCAGCUCGCCCACAUAUGCGCACGGUGCCAAGGAGAGCAUCCUCAAGGUGGAGAGCACAGGCGAUGGCGAAUUGGUCGAGCUGAUCGAAGACUUCAACGAAGGCCGCAUCCAGUUCGCCUUCGUCAAGGUCAAGGACCCCAACACGGCUCUCCCCAACCACGCGGCUACUGUCUCUAAAAUUCUUCAUGGAUACCACAUUCAGAUCACUGCCCGAUCCGACAGUGACCUCGAGGUUGAUUCCAUCAUGAAAAAGGUCUCCGAUGCUUCCGGUGCCAAAUACUCGGCCGCGAGCUCCGGCGGCAUGGCUCCGGCGGCGCCCCCUCCCGUCAAGUCGAAACCCGUCUUCACGCCGACUGCAUCCAGUGCCGGCCGCUCCGCCAACCCCCUCGUCGCUGCGCGGUCCAGGAGGGACGAGGGUGUUGACGAUGACGUCAACAUGGCCGAGCUCACCAAGCAGAAGCCGGAAGCCCCGCGCUUCGAUGGCGGCAGACCUCAAGACAAUGGAUCCGAAGAUGUCGUCAAGGGAGCUUAUCAGCCCGUGGGCAAGGUUGAUAUCGCUGCAAUCCGAGCGGCGGCCAAAAACAAAGGGGACGAUCGACCGACGCCCGUCAAAGGGACUUACGAGCCGAUCGGCAAGGUUGACAUUGCUGCGAUUCGCGCAAAGGCCCAAAAGCCUGCGGAUGCUUCAACGGACAACGCGCAGUCGCCGAAGCCACCCAAGGUCGCGAACAAGUUCGGAGGCGCCUCGGCUUUCACGGGGACCAAAGCACCGACCCCUGGGGGCGCUGGUUUUGGCGUCCCCGGCGCCUCUACCCCUGCUCCUGUUGGCAGUACGAGCCGAACAUUCGCCGACGAGGGGGGGAAAACCCCAGCUCAAAUUUGGGCGGAGAAGAAAGCGAGGCAGCGAGGCUCGGAUAGCGGCGCCGGCGAGUGGAAGAGCGGAUACACUGGCAAGUCGUGGGCUCCGGUGCAGGCCCCCGGCUACAGCCGCGCCGCGCUGAGCCAGGACAACACUGGCGAGGCCGACAGGGGAGCUGAGGGAGGACCAGAUUCUCCAUCGGGGGGGGUCUCGGCUCUUAGGGAUCGAUUCAAGAACGUGGCCCCGAUUGGCUCGGGAACCGCGCCUCCUGUGCCCCAAUCUGCGCAGGACGAAGCCGAACCCUCGCCCGCGCCGCCACCUGUGUCGGACAACUCACGGUCCUCCGGUGGCUUUGCGCUACCGGGACUUCCCAACCGCCCCCCGCCGCCCACCGACGAGGAAGACGAAGAGAGUGAUGGGCAGCCAUCUCCGAUCCGGGCACCACCCCCCGUGCCCCCCAGCCAGAUCGAUGUACCUAGGGAGGACGAGCUCCCGGAUGAGGAGGAGGCAGUCCACUCGGCCCGAGAAGCAGCCGGCGGCAAACGUGCCGUCAUUCAGUAUGACUACGAAAAGGCCGAAGACAACGAAAUCGAACUGAUCGAGGGCGAAUACGUAACCAACAUCGACAUGGUGGACGACGACUGGUGGAUGGGCACAAACUCGAGGGGCGAGAGCGGGCUAUUCCCCAGCAACUACGUGGAGCUUGUCGCAGACGACGAUCAUGGCUCCUCGGCUGCGGCGCCGGCGGCCCCGUCGAUGCCGGAACCCGCACACGCGACCGAGGCUGGUCCUACAGCUACUGCCUUGUAUGACUAUGAGGCAGCUGAAGACAAUGAACUGAGCUUCCCCGAGGACGCCAAGAUCACGAACCUCGAGUUCCCGGACGAGGACUGGUGGUUUGGAAGCUUCCAGGGGCAGUCAGGCCUGUUCCCAGCGAACUACGUGCAACUGGAUGCGUAG